AUGUCAGAGAAAGAAUAUUACGUUUGGCGAUUGUUUUAUCCGUUGACAUUAAAUGAUGCAGAUACUCAAUCAGAAAAAAAUACCUUAAUUACACCGUUUACAUUAAACACGAAAUUGAAUAUGUUAUCUAUCAUAAAUGAAAAACAUUCACAUCAAUCAUCAUCGAUUGAUCUCUAUUAUCCUUUAGAAAAUACGGAUGUUUGUUUAAAAAUUUAUGAUAUAGAAAAAUUAAAUAAUUUUAAAAUCGAAAUUGAAAUUCGUAAUCGUCAUAAAGAACAACAAUCAUCAUCAUUAAUUCAACAUUGGUCGAUUUAUGAGAUAAAACAUUCACGUAUAGAUUUACCUGAUAAAAUUUUAAAUCGACUUGAUCAAAUAACAAUUGAAAAACUAACGAAAUAUCUUCAAAUAAUAAUAAAUGAUGAAAAUUUUUUAAAUCGCUCAGAUUUAUCUUUUAUUAAAAUACAAAAAAAUAUAACUAGAUGGCAAAUGGAUGAUAGUGAUCGAGAAAUUGAAGAAAGUGAUAUUUGUUUACUAAUAAAUAAUAAUAAAAAUGAUUCAUUCUAUAUACCUACAUAUUGGCGAACGAUAUCGAUUCAAACAGGUGAUUAUGAUAAACUUUUAAAAACAUUAAUAACAUUACAAAUUGAAGAUGAUAAAGAUCUAUUAGAUUAUUUUACAUAUCUCAUAUCUCAGACACAUUUUAAUUCAUUUUCUAUACAAUAUCAACAACAACAGCAACAAUUAAUUUCAACAUUAUCAUCUGAAAAAAUCUAUAUGAAUUUAUUAACAAUGAGUUAUGCAUCAUUUAUUGAACUUAUUCAACAUAUUUAUGUUAAUCAAAUAUAA